AUGACCAACCCUCAAGCCAACAUGACCAACCCGCCAGCCAACACUACCAACCAACCCGCCAGCCAACACUACCAACCAACCCGCCAGCCAACACACCCAACCCUCCAGCUAACACAACCAACCCUCCAGCCAACACCACCAACCUGCCAGCAAACACUACCAACCCAACCAGCCAACACCACCAACCCUCCAGCCAGCGCUACCAACCCUCCAGCCAACACUACGACCUCACCAGCCAACGAUAACAACCCGCCAGCCAACACUAACAAUGCGCCAGCCAAGACCCCCAACCCUCCAGCCAACACCCCCAACCCUCCAGCCAGCACUACCAAUCCUCCAGACAGCACUACCAACCCACCAGCCAACACUACCAAACCACCAGCCAACACCACAAACCCUCCAGCCAACACCACCAACCCGCCAGCCAACACAAGCAAUCCACCAGCCAACACCACCAACAAACCAAAAAAACAGCCAACACCGCAAACCCACCAGCCAGCCAGCCAGCCAACACCACAUUUCCACCAGCCAACAAAUUCAAACUGCCAGCCAACACUACAAACCUACCAACCCUCCAGUCAACACUACCAACCCGCAAGCCAACACUACCAACCAACCAGCCCACACCACCAACCGUCCAAUCCAACACUACCAACCCGCCAGGCAACACCACCAACAUGCCAGCCAGCACUACCAAACCAUCAGGAAACACUACCAUCCCGCCUACCAACCCUCCGAUCCAACACAACCAACCUGCCCCAGCCAACACCACCAACCCACCAGCCAACACUACCAACACGCCAGCAAACACUACCAACCUGCCAACCCACACCACCAAUAAACCAAACAGCCUGCCAAAACCACCAACCCGCCAGCCAACACGACCAACCCGCCAGCCAACACAACCAACCCGCCAGCCAACACCACCAACCCUCCAGCCAACACCACCAACCCUCCAGCCAAGCCAACAAAACCAACCUGGCAGCCAAAACAACCAACCCUCCAGCCACCACAUCCAACCCUCCAGCCAGCACUACCAACCCUCUAGCCAGCACUACCAAUCCUCCAGCCAACACUACCAGCCCUCCAGCCAACACUACCAUCCCGUCAGCCAACACUACCAACCCACCUGCCAACACCACCAACUCUCCUGCCAACUCCACCAACCCUCCAGCCAACUCCACCAACCCUCCAGCCAGCACUACCAACCCUCCAGCCAGCACUACCAACCCUCCAGCCAGCACUACCAAACCUCCAGCCAGCACUACCAACCCACCAGCCAGCCAGCCAACCACACAUACACAUCAGCCAACACAUCCAACCUGCCAGCCAACACUACCAACCUACCAACCCGGAAGCCAACACUACCAACCCGCAAGCCAACACUACCAAACCAUCAGCCAACACUAUCAUCCCACCUACCAGCCCUCCAGCAAACACCACCAACAUGCCAGCCAACACUACCAACCCACACCACCAAGAAACCAAACAGCCUGCCAACACCACCAACCCACCAGCCAACACUACCAACCCCCCAGCCAACACUACCAAUCCGCCAGCCAACACUACCAACAAACCAACCCGCCAUCCAACACCACCAACCCGCCAGCCAACACCACCAACCCGCCAGCCAACACCACCAACCCACACCACCAACCCACCAGCCAACACCACCAACCCACCAGCCAGCACCACCAACCCACCAGCCAACACAAGCAACCCGCCAGCCAAUAG